AUGCCCUCUGGUUUCACAGUUAUCAGCAAAUUCCCGGGAAAACUCUUCAAAGCCAUUCAGGUUUGAUUUAGAAGUACUAGUGGCUGAACUUCUUUGUAAUACUGGUAAGAACAUUCCAUUAGACCAAUUUCAAUAUAUUAAAAUUUACACUUAGCUCUGAGGCUUGGGGAAAUAAAAAAAAAAGAAAUCAUCUUAAGCUUCUGCAAUGAAUAAUAUAUUUUGUUUUAUUCCCCCAAGCCUCAUGGUCAAGCUUUGUACAUGUAUGCAUUUUAAUAUAUCGAAAUUGAUUUAUUAGAGGCCCUAGGGGAUGUUAAAGGAAAUUGAGAAUCAACCUAGGUUAAAAAAACUUAACCUGAAAUCAAAUUUGACCUGUAACAUAUAUAAUGGUUUAUAUCUGGAGGUAUUGAGUACAGUUUUGGGCAUUGCUCAUCCAAAGUAAAGGCCUUCUGAAAAUUUUGAAGGUACACAUGAGCCAUGAGGCCCACAUGGCCAUAGCUUACCCUGGUUUCUGUGGCAUGAGGGACUAAAGAGUAAAAUUUCAACUCCUACCUGGAGAUGAUGCUAGUAUCCACUGCAUGGAUAACUCCCAGCAGAAAGUUGUUAGCACUCAUUUAAUCUCCUGGAUAAAAGAAAAAGUAGAGCGAAGUUACUUCUUGUCUAAGAAAAUGAUGUGACGGCAAGGCUUCAACCAAGACCUACAAAUUCAGAAUUCAAGGUGUUAACCUCUUGACCACCACACUUCCUGAUAAAAUUGUGUUAAUUCAAAACCCAAACAACACAUCUGUAAAUGCAUUGCUUCUGUUUGAAAUGACUCACACAUUGCAUUAUUGUCCUGCUCCUCACUCCUCCACCCAUUUUUCAUUUCUUCUGUUAUUGUUAUUUUAUCAAAUACUGUGAAACCUCUAUUACCGUAUUUAUUUGAUUAACCGCCCUGGGCGCUUAUUAAAUUUGUGGACCUUGAGAAUGGGCACUUAUUUGAGGUGGGCGCUUAUUCGAGGCUGCGCGCUUAUUAAAUUUUCACCAUUUUCAGCUAGUGAAGUAUGUUUAUUUUGCAACAAAACAAGGUUUCUGUGAAAUACUCUGAAGAAAACUCCGUCCUCGGGAAGUCGCUUAUUAGAAUUUAUUCACUCAAGUGGGUGGGGUGAGGGUGAGCGCUUAUUUGAGUUUGAUUGGGAGGAGGAGGGGGUGGGCGCUUAUUCGAGGCUGGGUGCUUAUUUACUUUUUCUGCCUUUAGAAUGGGCGCUUAUUCGAGGUGGGCGCUAAUUCGAGGUUGGGCGCUUAUUCGAAUAAAUACGGUAAGCGCACCCCCAAUUAAGCGGAUUCCCUUUAUUAAGCAUAACAAACAUUGUGCAAGUUUUACAACCUCUAUUAAGUGGACACCCUCUAUUAACAAGACACUUGGGAACGUCCCAAACGUGUCCGCUUAAUAGAAGUUUCACUGUAUUAUUUUUAUUUUGCCCUCUAUUCAUUUAUGCUUCUUUUGCAUGACUUGUUUGUUUCUUUAGGGUCAUUCCCCUUUUGAUGUUGUGGCUUGGCAUGGUAACUAUGCUCCUUACAAGUACAACCUAAGCUGCUUUAAUGUCAUCAACACAGUUUAAUUUGACCACUGUGUGAGUAUAAAUGUAGAUGCUGAGUGUUCUAGCUCUUUAGUGUGGAAGAUAUCUGACCAUGAAUCUAAACCAGUGUCAUGGAAUGCUCCUCCAUACAGGGUCUAAUACUUGUCGACCAGUAGUACACAAUUUUACCAGUAAUACGCCUCCAUGUACUUUGAUUUGUAACAAAAGGACACCAAAGUAAUUGCGUGCGACAAGAGGAGGCCGCAAUCCUAAUCUCCAGGCUGUUAUUACACAUGAGUCGCAUGUAUGUAACCAGCAUUUGUUUCGACUUCCACUAAGAAUGACGCGCAUUUCAACCUUCCAGCCCUCGUUAUCUAAUCACGCAUAUUUUGACCAUCUGUCAAGUGAAACUUACGCAAAGCACAGCAUUGGAGAAAAAGCGUUUGGACCUUUGAUCGUUGUCAACCGCUUUCCCUAACCCUGGUUAUUACUAGUAUUACUUUUAAUUCAGCCCUUACUUUAUACUGGCUUAAUCCAUUUUGUAGUAAAGAAUCCGAGAGUCUUCUUGUGUCUUGUUUGUUCAUAGAAAUAGAUGUUGCAUCUUGAUCCAGACUAACACAUCUGGGUUUGCGAAAGACUUUUAUAGACUUGGUGAAUAACUCAUGGUAAGCUAGGCCUUUUAGUAGGUUUAUAGCUGUUGUGUGUUGUGCAGACUGCUUGCAGACUGCUAGGACUAGCAUUCAAACUAAAUACAUCCUGUUUAACUGGGCAAAGAAAAUAAAAAAAAUAUGUUAUAAUUUAUUUGGGUAGUCAUCUGGAUGUGUGAUGUCCUGACAUGACUACAGACCCUAUAGUUGCCGUCAUGCAUGUAUAGCAUGUAUACCCCAUACACCACACACCAAGGUAUUAUAAUUAUUUAUUUCUCGUGCUUUAUUCGCAAGCUGGAUUGAAGAACGUAGCUGAGUUCCCAAUGAUGGGACACAAACCUGUGAUCUGUCUACACCAGAUCAUUGCUAUGACAAAAUCUCUUUAUUCUUUGUAGGACCCAUCAAUAUUCACUGUGUUGACUUGUCCCAGUUUUUAAACAAAAAAGUUUUUAAAAAGCCGGAGUUGCUAUAGCAGAUUUUGUUAUAUUUCCACCAGGAUGGAGUGUUGCUGAGAACACUUUCAGGCCACCUUACUAUCACAGUAAGUGACGUUUUGAAGGUUAUAAUUACAGUGAGAGUGACUCAGACUUCUGCUGGACCUGACCAAAAUUACAAAUGGGUCGGAAAAUUUUGCUGUGUAGUGUAGCAGUGGCGUCCUUUAACAACAUCCUGUGGCCUCUCCACCUUACUUUUGCGCUUAGAUGACUAGGAAGUCUUAGUUUUUCGUUAGAAAUCCUUUGCUGGGCACCCUGGAUUUCACAGGUUCAGAGCACUGGGCUUCCUUUCAAUUUUUCUCAAAGCACAGCCUUAUGUAGAAUGGAUGUGGCUUAUUUCAUGUGCUUCCUAUGCAAAUCAACAAGUAUGCAUGCUUUAAAUGGGUAAUGUCUACGACUGUUUUAAUAUCACAGGCAUUUCAGGGAUCGGAUACAACUGUAGAUCGUAGAGCAGUAAUUCCUCUCAUCAAAGUUUGUGAAAGAAACUACUUUACUGGGGAAAACAAGAAUAGCAAAUAAAUUCAAGUCUCAUCAAGGCUGUAGGUUGUUUGGCACAUGUUGAAGAGCGAGCCACACCCUGCCCCUGAUCUCAGCUAAAUUUACCGCUUUUUUAAUUUCUGGUGGCUGUUUCAACCGGCUUACACGUAAUUGGUCAAAUCAAGGUGAGAUUUUCUGAAGUUGAAUUUUUAGGGAGCACAUCAAAGUGUAAAAAAAGAACAAAAAAAUCGUUGUUUACGUCUUCCACAAUAUGUCCCAUUGGAACGUUUCACGUUGUAAUCGAGCAGCGAGAAAUGUACAAAAAAGCAUGAUGCACGUGCAAAGUUGUUCUUUUAGUUAUCAAACCUAUUGCCUCUUUGAUGUCCCCGUUGCCAUCGGCGUUGUGGGUGCUUAAACUCCCUUGUAUUUGUCUGAGACUAUAAUAUUUACGGUUUUUUUCUUGUCAUGAUAGGAAGAAGGAUUUGCCCCAGGGGGUGGUAGUCUGCAUAGCAUGAUGACUUCUCAUGGACCAGAUAAGGAUUGUUUUGAGAAGGUGCAAGUGCAGAGCUGA